AUGCCUCAUAUACCUCAUAAAUACUAUAAGCAUGAAAGUGAGAUCCAUAGCAUUUCUUAUGGAAAGAUUUGUUUGGUUUUUAAACAUUUUGGAAUCUACUUAGGUGAAGGUCGCAUAGCUCAUUUUAUCCUAGACAUCCUACCAGUGUUCACUAAAGAAAAAUCCAUUGUUGCAAAGAUGGUGACCAACAAAAGUUUUUGAAGUUUUGGCCAAGCUUUGGCUGAUUUUGCAUAUGGUGCUCAGAUUCAGGUCAAUAGUACAGAUAGUAUGGUCAGUGUACAGCCACUGAAUGGCGAGAAAGUGGCAGAGAAGCUGAUUGGAUCUUUCUCCUACAGCUUACUGUGGUACAACUGCGAACACUAUGUCAUGUAUUGCCGCUAUGGUGUUACAUUUAGCUUCCAAACCUUCCAGUUCUGCAAAACUGUAAGGACAAUUCUCUUCAGCGGGAAGAUGGCCUUCCUGUCAGCUAUAAUCGGGGUCUUCAUCAUUUUAUAUCUAGGUGCUAUGACACCUCUCACCACCCUCCCCGUUGUCAUCAUCCCCUUUACCAUCUGGAUGGCAUCUUGAAGACACUCCGGGUGGAAUUUGUCCUUUAAUGUUUAAACAGCCGCAAAAGCAUCAAGGCAUUUACUCUGUCAACAACUGCCAUUCAGGCUACAAAAUAUCUUGGUAUCUGGGACAAUAUGUGUCUGGUAUGCACACUAUAAAUGUUACAAGGAGUGAUGAUGAUGGAUUGAUGGAUGAUUAUCAGUUUCAUUUAACAAUUUAAGCACUAUUUUUGUAAUAAAUAAAAACUUAUGAGAAAACAACACAUUAUUGUCUCUGUUUAAUGUGCACCAUGAUCGCAAGACAUCUGCCACUGCCCACAGCAUGGAAUGAGUGAAAAAGUAAACGAGAGAGGAAAUCUGUCACUGGGUAUGACUGAAGGAAACAAACAAAACAUCAGAAAAAAGAAAAGAAGAAAAUCAAAAGCAAUAUAAAAAAUAGUAUAAUUCAUGUCCAAAUUUAAUGUA